CUCGUAUUCUAUCAGCUAGCUACCCACUGUCGCCAACUCGCCGCAACAAAGAACCACCAUCAUGCACCUGCUGAUGCUCCCUUGGCUCGCCUUCGGCCACAUCGUGCCGUUCGUGCAGCUGGCGCGGAGGCUGCUGUCCUCCACCUCCUCCUCCGUCCGCGUCACGUUCCUCACGGCCGCUGGCAACGUCCCGCGCGUCGAGGCCAUGCUGUCCUCUCCCUCGUCCACCGGCGAGGCGGCCGUCGUCGUGCCGCUGCGCCUGCCCCACGUGCCGGGGCUGCCCGAGGACGCCGCCAGCACGGCGGACCUCUCGCCCGAGGGCGCCGAGCUUCUUAAGGCCGCGCUGGACGCUGCCCGGCCGCAGGUGGCCGCGCUGCUGGCCGAGCUCCGCCCGGACGCCGUGCUGCUCGACUUCGCCACCCCGUGGGCCGCCGAGGACGCCGCGGCGCUGGGCGCCAAGUCGCUCCGGUUCAGCGUCUUCUCCGCCGUCGCAGGCGCCUACCUCUCCGUCCCCGCGCGCCGCCCCGACGCGGCGGGCCAGCUGCCGUCGGCGCGCGACCUCAUGUCCGCCCCUGCCGGCUUCCCCGGCUCCUCCCCGCUCGCCGCCGCCGGCGUCCCGGCGUACCAGGCAGCCGACUUCACCUACAUGUUCACCAGCUUCGGCGGCCAGCCCUGCGUCCACGAACGCGUGGUGGCCGGCAUCCGGGCCUGCGACGGCCUCGUGCUCAAGACCUGCGCCGAGAUGGAGGGUGCCUACAUCGACUACCUCGCCGCGCAGUUUCGCAAGCCCGUGCUCGUGGCGGGGCCGCUGGUGCCUGGCCCGCCGGCGGGAGAUCUCGACGACCACUGGGCCACCUGGUUGUCCGCGUUCCCGGACGGCGCCGUCGUCUUCGCCUCGUUCGGCAGCGAGACGUUCCUGCCGCCAGCCGCGGCCACGGAGCUGCUCCUGGGGCUCGAGGCCACGGGUCGCCCGUUCCUCGCCGUGCUCAACUCCCCGGACGGCGCCGUCCCGCCGCCGGGGUUCGCGGAGAGGGUGUCGGGGAGAGGGCUCGUUCAUGCCGGGUGGGUGCCGCAGCAGCACAUCCUGCGCCACCGGAGCGUGGGGUGCUACCUCACCCACGCCGGCUUCAGCUCCGUCGUGGAGGGCCUCGUCGCCGGCUGCCGCCUCGUACUGCUGCCCAUGAAGGGCGACCAGUUCCUCAACGCGGCGCUGUUCGCGCGCGAGCUCCGCGUGGGCGUGGAGGUGGCGCGCCGCGACGACGACGGCUGGUUCGGGCGCCAGGACGUGUGCGACGCGAUCGCCGCAGCGGUGGCGGACGUGGGGGAAAGGGACGCCAGGAAGUGGGCCGACUUUUUGACGGACGACGGCGUGCAAGGGAGGUUCGCCGACGAGUUCGUCCGGCAGCUCAGGGAGCUCGUCGGCGCGGCCUCCAGUUGAUUUGAGCGCUCGACGACGUUUCUCGUGGAACACGCGGCAAGUGCGAUUAUUGAAGAAAUAAUUCCACCCACCUAUUUAUUUGUACAUUAAUAACAUUGCCCACCCACCUGUACUGUAUCAUUAUUGAAGAAAUAAUUCCAGCCAUGGAUAUUGCAC